GCUCCAUAUUCACACUGCGUAUUCCUCCACACGGGUUGGCCACUAUGCCUUGGAGAAGAGGUAGUGGUUCACCUUGCACCACUGAACCCCCUCUUGUUGCGUCAGGGAGACUUCUACCUACAGGCAGAGCCACAUGAAGAACAGUCUGUCUGCAUCAUGGUUAAAUGCCUUUCUAAGGACUUAAGAAACGUGGAAGAAAGACCAGUUCCUGAGUCUUCAUACCCAACUCUAUUCACCAAGGAAUGGCUGGAGGGCCUCAAUCAAGACCUUGAUAGAAGGGCCCUACAUAGUUGCUUGGUGGCUACAGAAAAAGGGGUUUCUCCUGUGCCUUGGAUAAAAAUAACUUCCCCCAAAUUUGUCAACAAACCCCAAACAGUGGCUGAUCUUUCCUCCUCUCAAGUGUCUCUCCAGUUAGAUGCACUCGAUUUAAGCACACCCAGAGGGAUGCUCGAGAUAGUGUCCAGUAGCAACCCAAAGCCCCCCAGCACUGCUAGUUCGCAACCACUACUCAGUAAUAAGGAUACAGGAUCCUGGGGGUCAGAUAGGAAUAAGUAUCCAGGACUCAUCAAAGUGGAACAAACAGGAUCUUGGAAGAAAUCUUGCAGAUUGACUGCCCCUAGUAUGGAUGAAAUGAUCAUCCAGAACCUUGAGGGGGAUUAUGUGGAUCUCCUCAAGAUUUCCAAAGAAAAAAGAGGAUGUUCUUCAUAUCGAUCAACAGUGAAUCUCAAUGAGUCCAUCUCUUCAGAUGCCAACAAACCAUUGAAGAUUCAAAUGGUAUCUCCCACCCAGAAGAUACCAUCUCCAUCAUUAGUCAAUGGGGUCUCUUCUUUCCCAUCUGGGUCUGAGAAAUGGACUUGUGGGAAACCAGAGAGCUCUGAGGAUGGGCCCUGUACACCGUGCUUGAGGAGAAAGCUCAAUGGAUCUACUCAGUACCAGAAUUCAAGAUGUCGUUACCGGGAGUCCUACUUGGCUGCUCUUCAGAACCCAGUGAGCUUCAGUUCUGGUCUGAUGACUGCCAUCAAAGAAGAAUCAGAUAGCUCAAAAAAUGAACCAACUUUGGAUCCUACAGCUGGAAGUCAUUUGGAUGUCUCACAGCUCAGAAGCAGACCCAAUCAGGCUUCCUCCCCUCAACUUCAUGCUGCCUGCCCUCACAAAGUGGUUCACCAGGAAAGCAGAACAGAAGAGCCAGGCCUACAAGGCUACCUCAAAUUACUCAAGUCCCCAGCAGGUUCUGGUAGAAUUCUCUCUAGGUCAGGAUCUCCUACAGCCAAUCAGAAAUUCUCAUUCCUGAAGGGGCAGAAACAAUCCCCAUCUUCCCAGGACUCUGAUCCCCCAGAGAAAGUCACACACCUGCACAAUGGACCCUGGAAAAUCAUGUCUUCUAUUUACUCUCCCAAAAUGAACAGGGCAAAGUCCUCAGGAAAAGCUGGUCCCAGUCAGACCAAAACAUCUGUCCAGGAAGCCUCCUCCUCCCAGAGUUUUGGUGCUAAAUCCAGUUCAAGGACAGACGUCCCAGAAAGAGACUCUGCACUUUUAGAGACCCUGUCUGAGCAGCCGCUCCAUGCUUGGGACCUGAAGGCUGAGAUCCUGCUCUCUGGGAUAGCUUGCUUACCAGUUAUAGAGACGGUGGAGCUUUUCAUCUGUGUGCCCUCAGCACCUAGCAGAAGACCUGGCAGACAGGAGAAGAGGCUUCUAUUGCCAGAAGUGAACUAA